AUGUCCGACCCAAACUUCCACAUCCCCACCCCCCGCCUCUUUCAUAUCCCACCAAUGCCCCCUCCAACGACGCCCACUGCGACUUCGCCGUUGCCCCUCCUGCACAACCCCGCAUCAAUCAAACACAACCCGUCCGGCCCAACCGCCGUUCCCGACCGCGAAGCCGCGCGCUCCUUCAUCACCACCGCCUCAGAGCGUCUCGCCCGCACGGGAUAUGGACGAUACCUCGUGUCCCUGCGCCCCUCGCCCUCCUCCCCCUUCUCCCCUGAAAAUCAAGAACUCAUCGGCGUCGUAACUCUCCAACUCCAGCGCUACCCCUCAUCUCCCGGCCCGCUGAUCCCUGACAUCGGGUUCAAUUUCCUGCCGCAGUACCAUGGGAAGGGAUAUGCCAAGGAAGCCGCGCAAGCGCUGAUGGAGUGGUAUACACGUGAGAAAGGGGUCAAGAAGUUUGCGGCGCUGACGGAUGAGACGAAUGGUGAGGCGAAGAAGUUAUUGGGGAAAUUGGGAUUUCGGGAGUGGGGGGAGAGAGUUGUUAGGGGGGUUAGUGGGGAAGGGGAAGAGGAGAGGUUGAGCGUUUGGACGAGGGGGGUGGAGGAGGGGGAGUUGGAAGGUUUGAGACUUUGA